AGAGCACCCCACUCGCGGUGCCUGGGUUCCUCCGGGAUGCCAACCUCGUCGUUCUCCAGCCAUGGCGGAUGUGGAGCGGCUUCUGGGCGCAUCCCAUCCGUCGGAGGUCUUGGCCUUGAGGGAAAGCUUUUCCAAUGGCCUGGAUGCCUCCCUUGCCAUCACAGCACUGGAGGCGAUCGCGGCGAGUGCGGAGCGCACCGCCGUGGAGCGCGACCUGCGCUUCGCCCAGCUCCUCUUCGAGCUCAACCAAGUGGCGCACGGCCGGGAUCUACCCCCCCGGCUGGUGCUGCGCAUGCUGCGAGCACUGGCUCGGCUUGGGCUAAAGCAACCCGCGAUGUUCUUCUGCUUGGGUGCUAUGGCAGCAAAGAGAAUACAGGACUUCGCUGGACCUGAACUGGUCUCGUUGCUGCGGAGCUUUGCACAGGCAAACGUCAAAGACCUUCAGCUCCUGGAGGCCUUGACCACUGCCUUAUGUCCUCAACUUCACCUGUGUUGUCCUGGUGAACUGGCUGAGGUGGCACGGGACUUGAGGUUCUUUCGCUUCCGGCCGAGCAAGAUGUGUUUGGCAGCUCUUCAUGGAGAAAGCAAAGCCAAGCUCAAAGCCUUUCAGGCUGCGGGGCUUUGCGACGUCUUGUGGUGCUUGGACUCUUUUGGUGAACAUGAGAUGUGUGCGGAUCUCAUUGAAUCGACCACCAUCUUUCCAGAUCAGCCGAUCCUUCUGGCCACGGCCUGUGCUUUGUCGGAGACGGCAUGUGCUACACCAGGCCGAGAAAGGCACUUGGAUGAGAUUUUGCAACCAUUGCUGACGGCUCUGAGGCGGGGCACCAGCUUCAACGUGCCGGUGCCUCACUUGGGCCCACAUCACACAAAGCGCCUGCUGAAAGCACUUGGCGUCCAGGCCACGUGCGACCGCCGCUGGGCGGCCGCAGCGCGGCGCGCGGUGCGCGCGGUGGCGGAGAGCUCGCCCAGUCCAGCUGCCCCUCGUGCCAAGAGUGGAUGUGAUCACACCUACGUCGUAGACCCCAGCAGCUACGCGGAAGUUGUGACCCGCUUCGGCGUGGAUAACUUUGGAAAAAUUGGAGGCCGGUGUUUGUUGAACCAGAUUGGCAUCGGACGCCUAGAGGAGCGAUGGGCCGCGGAGGUUCGGGAGUUUCUCACUGCUUGGCAAGGUGUUGCUAAUUCCUCAAUGGACUGGAAGGCUCCAGCCGCUCAUCGGCGCAUCUAUGCCUUUGCGGAGUUCCACUUCACCAGUCGCAUGGAGCCGGGGAGGAUUUUGCUGGAAGGAACACUCUUUCAGCUCAAUGGACUUUGGGGAGAUCCGGUGCAAGCUCGAAAGCCUUGGCUUUAUGCUGUACCUCUUCCCAUCAGCAAAUGGGUGGACAGGACUCUCUGCGCAGAGUUUCAGCUUCUCAGCGAGGUCUGCGACAUGCUUCAUCGGUCUGGCGUCUCGAUGACUUGUCCUGAGCUGCGCUAUGCAGUUGAAGGAUGUCUCAACCUGUACUUGUCGCAGCCUUCGUGUGUCUCUUGCAUCGGUGCCAUGAAGCAGUUCCAGACUUUGCUUCCAGGCGUCGACCUCUUCGUGGAAUUUGGUAGUUUGGAGCCUUCGAACCAGAGUUGGGCGGCUGCGAGCUCCAGCGGCUCAUGUGUUCACCGGUGGUGCUGGGGGGUUUGAAGCGACGCCGUUCGGAGAGCGAGACGGAGCCAACCUACGAGGAUGUCUUUGAGACGGAUUCGCAGGAGCAUUACUCUGAGCCAGCAGCCUCCAUGAGCCAUGAUUGAAGCGGUGAACAGAUGUGAAUGUCAAGCGUUUGUAGUGCUUUCAUGUGCUUUCCAAGUAUUUGGGAUCAAUGCAGAAGCCGAGGCAUGUAGUCAGGAUAUGUAAACACAAAGUCGUGUUUUCUGAUUGCCACAAAACGUGGCAUGAGGAUGCAUGAGGCACAAAGUCACGCCGGCUCCGGCGUGAUGUGUGAAAUUGCACCAUCACGUUGGAUGCUUUCCCAACAUCUCACCCAUGUUGUGAAAUGAGACCUUGCACCUUGUGGCGCACUCACUCGUUUGUCUUGACGAAACUUCUUCGGAUCAUGGGAUUCUUGAAAGCCCAUGGCCAGUCUCGGUUCCAACAGCGCCAGGUGAGUUGUUUUGAGAUCCUGGAUGCUGCUGCAGCCUACUGCGAUCCAAAAUGCGAGAAAGAACCGCAGCUUGCUGAUUUUGCUGGGCCUCCUAUUCCUGUCGUGCGCGGGGGGCCGUGACGGUGUGUAAGAACUGCGCAAUCAGCCGGUUUCGCAAGAACUGGAUGAAACAGCCUGCGAGACAUUUUUUUGGCAGCACUCCCCCCCUGCCAAUGUACUAUGGCACAAGCUUGAGUUGUUGUAUUUCAGAUUAAAGACAUACAGUCUUGUGUGGAUCGAUGAAUAUAUAUAAA